AUAAGAACAAUUGAUGGUGUUUUAUAUCCUACAUACGAAGAUGCUUGCUAUGCGUUGGGAUUGAUGGAUGAUGACAAGGAAUUCGUAGAAGCUAUCAAAGAUGCCAAUGACUGUAGUCCUGCCACGUAUGCGAGGAAGCUUUUUGCGAUAAUGUUGGUUUCCAAAUCUUUGUCUCAGCCUCAUGUUGUGUGGGAAGCUACUUGGGAGUAUCUUACCGACGAUAUUCUUUACAAGAAGCAGCAAGAAACUGGACGACCUAAUAUGAACUUGACCAUAGAGCAUAUCAAAAAUAUUGCUCUUACUGAGAUUGAAAAUCAUUUGCUCAGCAAUGGUCGUAGCCUCAAUAAAUGGCCCCACAUGCCAAAGCAAGAAGAUUUUGGUUGUUACAACGGCAAUCGCCUUAUAGAUGAUGAGCUUAAAUAUGUUGUGUAAGAUCAGCUAAAGGAAAAUGAAUGACUUAUGGCGAUGAUAAUAGAUGAGCAAAGAGGGGUAUACGAACAGAUUAUGGAUGCAGUUUUAAAUGAUAGCGGUCGAGUGUUCUUUCUUUAUGGUUAUGGAGGCACAUGAAAAACCUUCGUAUACAGAGCACUCUCAUCAGCGAUCCGAUCUAGAGGUAUGAUUGUUCUAAAUACCGCAUCAAGUGGAAUUGCAGCAUUGUUGUUGGAAGUAGGUAGAACCGAACAUUCCAGAUUUGGUAUUCCGAUAGAUGCAGACGAAUUCAGUACUUGCAAGAAAAUGGAGCCAGGAUCAGAUCGUGCAGAAUUAGUUAAAGCGGCAAAGUUAAUUGUAUGGGAUGAGGCGCCUAUGAUGAGCAGACACUGUUUCGAGACGUUGGAUCGUACUAUGCGUGAUAUUAUAAGAUAUUCUGAAGACAAACCUUUUGGGGGUAAAGUUGUUGUUUUCGGUGGAGAUUUCAGACAGAUUUUACCGGUUAUACCUGGAGGUGGUAGAGCAGAGACUGCUUUGGCGGCUCUGAAUUCGUCAUAUCUUUGGGAGCA